AUGGGAAUUUCCUGUCAGAUAAAUCUUUUCAAGCCACCGAACAGCGUAUAUCAACCAGGUGAUGUUGUUUCAGGCAUUAUAAAAUAUGUUUUACCCGAACAAAUGGAGUUUGAUAAAAUCGUAACAUCAUUAAAAGGAAGUGGAUUGCUUGAAGUAAGAGUGUCGGCACAAAACAUUCAUACAGGUGACGAGAACGUUCAAUCUUCAAACGAAACUUACGUUGAUAUUGAUCAUGUUGUCACAAAUGGAAAAACUAAGGUGCCAGCAGGUAGCUACGAUGUAAACUUUAAUUUUACACUGCCGCAAAUAUUACCAUCGAGCUUUCUUUACCAAAAUUCCGUCAAACAAUACAGAAUUUACUGUCGGUUUAAAUAUUAUGUACGUAUUAAAUUUGAACGGCCUGGUUGGUUUACCUUCUCAAAACAUUUUAGAAAAGAAAUCUAUGUGGUAUCUGGAAUUACUCCUAAGCUACUGAUGCACCCUAUUAUUUACGGUAAAUCUAAAAAGCUGCUAAGAUUUUUUUCAAGAAAAAAUGCAUUCAUAAACAUGAAAGCGACUAUUCAGAACUCUAUCAUACCAAUUGGUGGGCAAGUACAUAUAGACUAUGAAAUAAAAAAUGAUUCCAAUGUUCCGAUUUCUUGCAUUGAAACAAAAUUAGUUGAAAUUUAUACAUUUAAAGUACAAGGACACUCCAAAGUUAAAGCUUGCGAGGAUGUACCAAAUACGGGGGCUAAAAUAGGUCGCAUUGAUUGUGGCAUUCUUAAACCUUUAGCUAUAGAUAUGAACGUGCCUAUAGAUAGAGCAACUUUACAAAAUUCUAAAGUCAUCAAAAGAGAUUAUGUAGUUAGAACAAAAGUUACAUUGCCAAUGCCACAUAGAAAUAUUGUGUUGGAUAUCCCUAUAGAAAUAGGACCAAUAAAUAAUUUUAUGCCACGAAAUAUUCCUAAUGAAUUAAAUGUUACACCUACUGCGCCGCCCGCAUAUUGGGAGACAAUGGUUGAUACUGUUAACGUGUUUAGCCGGGAAUAG